AUGUAUUUCGCAGAGUUUGAAACAACAAGCAUUAGCGUGUCCGCAUUUAGAGAUAAUCCAUCGACCCCUGGUAAUAUGAAGAAAAAUAACAGCACAAUCGUCUUCGGUUUAACGGGGUUGACUGUAAUGGCAAAUGCUAAAUUCAACCUAAAUGCAUUGCAAUUUCUUAUAGAUAGCUACGGAAUUCGAAUGACUCCAAAUUGUAUGCAACCUACGGUGGCACCGCAUUUUUUCAGCAUCCAAAUGUGGCAUCAAACAACUAAACUCUAA